AAAAUCUUUCUAUAUGGAUCUGGACAAUUCAACCCGAAAUCGUCAUGGGACCCGACCAAGCUCUUCCUCUGCCGGCUGAGUUUACCGAUGUGGACGCCUACGUGGACUCGCUUUUGAAUUUCGCAACAUCUUCAUGGCUGCUUCAAACACUCUGUGGGGGAGUUCACAUCUUGGACUUCUUCACACGAACUGAGGAUCUUUACUCGUCUCUUCUAUCAAAAGAAUGGAGGGACUGGUUUCAGAGCAGGAGUAUGGUGGACAUUUUGGAUCUUUUUAUGAGAGAAGAUCUCACGCAAUUCGAUGAGCAAAGUUCCGCAGGACCGGACUGUAUUCCAUCUACGAGUUCAGCAUGGCGUGAUGGCGCACCGCCGCCACAGGGCCUGUUGCAGUACAUCAAGGACGUUCGGGCGCAUCUUCUGGACCGGCGAUUUCCUCCGCCAAGCUCUGGAUUGACGGUGCAGAAGAGCAGUAUUGCACGCCAUGUCGCAGUCGGAAUGAAGGUCAAAAAAGUCCACGAGGUCGACAACUUUUCACGUUACGUGGAUAGACUGAUAUCAUAUAUAGCGAGCUCUGGUGAUCGCGAGAUAUCUCAUCUGGUUGACUUUGGUUCGGGGCAGAAUUACCUCGGCCGCGCACUUGCAGCCGAGCCUUACUCCAAGCACAUUGUAGCAGUGGAGAGCAAGCAGCACAACAUUGAAGGUGCAAAACACAUGGACGUCCUAGCCAAGUUAGUAGAUAAGCCGCUGAUAAUGCGCAACAAAAAAGAAUACCGCGCAGGUCUCUUGAGCAGCAACGACGAAGGCCAGAAAUGCGACUCUGAUGACUGUACGAGCUCUCCCAGUACCCCUUCAAGUAAUGGAUCCCGGUCAACGACGACCGCCGCGGAAGAUAAUGACGAAGGAAAGGAUGUGGCUGAGCAGAAGGCCGCGACCACCACUUUACAAGUCUACACCGAAGGCCAAGGUAGCGUUCAGUAUGUAGAGCAUCGUAUAUCAGAUGGUAAUCUACGCCCUGUCGUGGAACAGGUCAUAGAUACAUCUCGAGUUCAAGGUGCGCCAGUCUCAUCUCAACCGAGCGUGGUCGCUCAGCUUAGUGAUCCGCAAAACCUCCCAAAGUCCACCGAGCCCAGUCUUAUGGUUAUAUCACUGCACUCCUGCGGCAAUCUCGUCCACCAUGGACUCCGCUCUCUCCUUCUCAAUCCCUCCGUCACAGCUGUUGCUAUGGUCGGAUGCUGCUACAAUCUUCUCACCGAGCGUCUCGGGCCACCAACUUACAAACUCCCAACUCUGCGAGCCAGCCAUCCUCGUCUCGUUUCGACUUCAACAGCUUUCGAUCCUCACGGAUUCCCUAUGUCAGAGCGUCUAGUCAAUUAUCCCCUUCAUACCCCUGAUUCUGCCCACGACCUGAACAGCAAUGGAGGAAGGGGUAUCCGACUCAACAUUACUUCCAGGAUGAUGGCAGUUCAAGCACCCCAAAACUGGGGCAAGGAAGACAGCGAUCUCUUCUUCACUCGUCAUUUCUACCGUGCCCUCCUUCAACGCAUCUUCCUUGAUCGCGGCGUUGUAUCUGCGCCGGUUGAUGAUGGAGAUGUUGUCGGUGGGACAGCCUCUGCAGCUGGACAUACCAGUAAAGUAAACUGGACACCACCUAACGGAUUUGGACCUGGUAUUGGGCCCGAUGGCGGCACAAUGCCCCUCACCAUCGGCACGCUACGGCGAUUCUGCUACGAAAACUUUGUCUCGUACGUGCGCGGAGCUUUGACAAAGCUCACCACGCCAAACUCAUUUUGUGCGGUUGACCCUGCCUUCAUCUCCGAAAAGAUGGACGGUUUGACCGAUGAGAACAUUCUGGACUACGAAAAGCGGUACUCUGAGCGAAAGAAGGAGCUUAGUGUGAUGUGGAGCCUGAUGGCAUUCAGUGCUGGUGUCGUGGAGGCGGUGAUCGUGGUGGAUCGAUGGCUGUGGUUGAAGGAGCAAAAGGAAGUACAACAUGCGUGGGUGGAGCCCGUGUUUGAUUACAAAAUGAGCCCGAGGAACCUCGUGGUGGUGGGAAUAAAGAAGUAGCUGAGAAACUUGAUAAAGAAGAUUGCCUAUAUAUGAUAGGCCACCUGGGCGCGAAUUAGCCAAGCUUGGAAUAAUCGCGUCGCAUUGUCUAAAACAAAUCAUUUUCUAGGUUCUAGCAGGCCAUGGUAGAUUGCUCCUUCAGCUGGAUAAAUUCGUGGUACGGACCAUAGAUCGGCAUAAUCAUCUUCACUCUCAAAACCAGUAGUGGGGGUACCUGUGCUUUUAAUACUAACGCAAUAGACUGCUGUUUUGCCAUCGUUAUACCACCGUCUAUGGUGGUCCAGCUG